AUGAAAAAAAGUCUAAGUAAUUUGAUUCCUAAUAGUUUGGUUAAGAAGUAUUCUUUCAGACCACCUAAUCCAGCAUAAUACACAUUUGAAUAUAAAGAUGGGAAAUAUUAGUUUUUUCCAAUAAUAAAAGGAGUAAAGAAAUAAAUAAUCAGUUAUUAUUUACGUAUAGAAUCGUACAUACUAAAGAAUGAUAAACUUUAUGUUCCUUUAAUUCAUUUAUCAGGGUAUGUGUUGAUGGAAAAAUAGUUUAUAAAAUACGAAAACUGAAGCAUCAUUAUCGAAGGACUGUUUAUUUGAUUCUAAGUCAUUUUAGUACGAAAUAGAGAAAUUAGCAUAAAGGAGCAGAAUGUUAAUAAUAUUUUCUCACGCAAAUGCAAGUGAUUUAGGAGAUGUAUAUUUUUUUGGUGAAAGGAUUUGUAUAGAAUAUGGAGUAGAUUUUAUUGCAUAUGAUUAUACAGGUUAUGGGAUAGGAUUUGGAUAAUAUAAAGUUAGCGAAUAAUAAACUUAUGAUGAUUUAUAGAGUGUAGUAUCAUUUGCAAUAAAUCGAUUAAAUUAUUCUUNA